CAUAAUACUCUAUUCCGGAUAUACUCGAACCAUUUGACCGCACCGGAUCCAUUUCACCGGAGGGAAGAACAAGACCCAACGAAUUCGACCAGUACCCGUCUUCUUCAUCUUCUCCAAUUUUUCCCCUCAAAUCCCCCAGAAAGGUCUGCAACAAUGGCGAUAAUGUCCAGUCUACACAAACUCACUUCCCACCUCAACCGAACCCCCUCCCUCUCUCUCUACUCCAAAUCACUCAUCACCAGAUCCUCCGCCUCCUCAACGUCGCCCUCACCGCAUACCUCGUCCAAAAAGGUCGCCGAUCGCAUCGUGAAGCUCUUCGCGAUCGACCCCGACGGCCAGAAGCGCGAGAUCGUGGGGCUGUCGGGGCAGACCCUCUUGAAAGCCCUGGCGAACAGCGGCCUGAUCGAUCCGGCGUCGCACCGGCUGGAGGACAUCGACGCGUGCUCGGCGGAGUGCGAGGUAAACAUCGCCCAGGAGUGGCUCGAGCGGCUCCCGCCGGCGUCGUACGACGAGCAGUACGUGCUGAGGAGGAACUCGAGGGCUAGGGUUUUGAACAAGCACUCGAGGCUCGGGUGCCAGGUGGUCCUCACGCAGGAGCUGCAGGGGAUGGUCGUUGCCGUGCCAGAGCCCAGGCCGUGGGACAUCCCGUAAUGAUGAGUCGUGACUCGGUGAGUGAUGAGUUAACCGUGAGGAUUUUUGAAAGUGUAUUAUUAUGGGUUCAAAUAAUGUGCACGCUUGCGUACUCAAUGCUGCUUUUGUUAUGGUUAUUUGGAUAGGGCAAUUUGGGAAAGAUUGUCGUGAAUUUCGUAUUUUGGAAUUGUUGGAAGUUAUAAAUGUUGUGUGGAUUAUAUGUA